UUCAAACAGACAGAAAUCGAAAAGAGAGAGAGAAAGAGAGAGGGCGAAGAGAGAGAAAGGGAGCAUCGAAGAAGAGAGCGAUCAGAGAGGAAAACAAAGAAAGGGGGUCUUCUCAAUUUUCUGAUUCAGAAUCAUUCUGCAAGGAAUUUGAAGAGAGUGAAUUGGGGAAUGCGAAGCAAGAAUUUGAAGCAAUGGUGGGAGAAGCUACAUGGGUUUCAGAGUUAGUAGUUAACAGAAAAAAAGAUUGAAGGAAAUUAAGGCUGGAGGUGUUAUGUGAUUAAUAUCCUGUGUUGAAUCUGAAUUUGGGGAGCUUCAAUAAGGUGGAAAUUGUGGGCGGUUUACUUGGAGUUGCAUGGAGGUAUCUGAUUUUUAGGGUCGAGUUCAAUAAAGGGUUUGUUUGUAUGGUAAUUGUGAAUUUCGUCGUUGGUGUUGAAGAAUUUGAGAAAUAUCUUGAAUUUGGGGUUUUGGAGGGAGACUCAUUUUUAUUGCAAGUUUAAGAUCUCAGGGCUUGGACUCGGCCCUCAAAUUAGUGUGGUGUGUAAAUUGAGGCGUUGGAGAUGAGCCACAGCUUUGACAGUUUUAGGGUUGUUUUUAGAGGGAUUAGAUGCUUGAAACUGGGUUUUUGGAGAUGUAGCAGCAAAAAACCCUAACUGAUUGAAGUUGCUGUAGGGUUGUGUGCAAGUGUGUGUUUCUGUUAUAUGGAUUUUUAGUGUGGAGAGAGAGAGAGAGAGAGAGAGAGAGAGAGAGAGAGAGAGAGAGAGAGAGAGAGAGAGAAAUAAAGAGAGAGAUGCAACCACCACAUCACCAUUCGCGGAUCAAUCUUGCUGAAUUGAAAGCUCAGUUAGUGAAGAAACUUGGGCCAGAGGGGUCAAAGCAAUAUUUCUAUUUCCUCCAUAGGUUCUUGAGUUUGAAAGUGAGUAAGGUUGAGUUCAAUAAGCUUUGUCUUAGAAUUAUUGGUCGGGAGAAUAUUCCACUUCACAAUCACUUCAUUCGUUCGAUACUGAGAAAUGCUUGUAGUGCAAAGACACCACCGCCUGCCAAUCACAAGGAUGAUGUUUUGAGACACCUUGGUGGCAAGGAUAUAUCCGCCGAUGGUUUCCUGCAAAACGGGUCCCACGCCAACGUAGCUCAGGCUUCUGCUUCACCCGGUUUAUCAAAUGGAGGUGGUGGCAUGCUGCUACCUCUCUCACCUCGAAAGGUCAGGACAGGCAUUCGUCGUCGUAGUGCACUUGGACCUAAUGGGAAGGCUAGUGUUGUGUUGGAGAAUGGGGAUUCAAAUCCACCUGAUAUGGGAAGGCCACUGCAGCAAUCAGGGAACGAAAAUGAGAUCUUGGUUCCAAAUGCUGCUAAAAUGUCCAUCGUUAGGAGAUCUCCGGAUGUCUCGGCUCCUUCAUGUAGCAAAGACCAAACUGAGUUGGUUGUCAGAGAUGACGGGAAAGAGGCUUCUGCUAGGAGUCCACUUCGAGCCCCCCUUGGGGUUCCGUUAUGUCCUGACAGAGCUCUGCCUCUAUCGAGUAGCCGUAGAUGCAUUGGCUCGUAUAAUAAUGGUGCUUUGUUGGACAGUCUAACAUUAAGGGAACGAAUGGAGCAGAUUGCUCUGAUACAGGGUCUUGAAGGGGUAUCGGUGGAUUCUGCCAACAUAUUGAACCAUGGUUUAGACGCUUACAUGAAAGGAUUGAUUAGGUCAUGCAUCGAGCUUGUAGGGUCAAGAUCGGGGCAUGAGUCAACAACGAGUAAAACCAACAAGCCCCCCGGUUAUAUGAAGCUCAUAAACGGUGUAAAACCGGGUCAUCAAUUUCAUAGUGGAAAGACUAUGGAUGUGCAAGAACAAAGAAGUCACUGCCCCAUUUCGUUACAGGACUUCAGAGUUGCCAUGGAGCUGAAUCCUCGGAAACUUGGCGAAGACUGGCCGUUGUUGCUGGAGAAGAUAUGUACACAUGCAUUCGAAGAAUAGCACAUUGUUUUGGCUCAUAAUUGAGUGAAUGGUCCCACUGGAUCUCAAGGCAUGCUUUGCACUGCCGAUCUUCUGGCCCUUGCGAUUCAUGGCCUCUUGGCUGCGCCCAGGAUAAGAAGAGGGCCGAAGCAGGGAAUCUCGAUUCCACUCUGCUCAGGGCUUCUCUUGAAUCCGAAGAAGCCAUCAUCAGCAACCACCGUGAUGAGGUGAAUGCACGAAUAUGGUUGCGCUGUUGUAUGAUUAGCUUUAUCCCAGUUCAUUUUUUGUCUUUCUUUCUUUCUUUGUCCUGUAAUUUACAGUGAGAAAUUUCUAGAACAGUUUUGCAGGAAUAAUUUGUGUAGUUCAGUGGAAACAGUGGUGGGGCUUGCAUGAUGCAAUAGUCAUGUGUAUGUACCAUCAAGAUUGGUUGGGAUCUUAAUAUUAACAAUACAGUUUAACCA